GGCCACGCUGCGAGUAACGGACGCGCACGCACACACACGCGCGCAAACCGCAAACGAAGCGCAAACGCCACGCGUGCGGCUACAAACAUAACACACGAGAACGCGCACGCGCACGCUCACAAGCGGACCGGCGAGAAAAAAAGGUUUUUUUUCGAAGCAAACGGGAAAGAAAGAAGAAAAACCGUUCCAUUUCCGCCAAGUUGCUUGCGUUCACACACACGCGCGCGCACUAACUCAAACCAAAGCAAUCAAGCGACCAAAACCCCGAUCACGGAUCAAUAAAAGGAAGCAAUAAUAAAGAAGCGGACUUGCCAGGUCCACACGAGGGGGGAAACAAAAAAAAAAAAAAAAAAAAGAAAGGGAAAAAAAGAAAAAAGCGGAACCGAAGAAAAGAGGCUCAAAGAGACAUUGACGCUUUGGAACGAGAAGCUUUGGACGGCUGCUGGCCGCAGCCGGGACAUCCCGCCCAAGGGUCCACGUGGACCAACCAAUUUACCAAUCGAUCGAUCCCCGAUCGCCGAUGGAUCUCCGGCGGAUCCGCCAAAGGUUUGGUUUGGUCCGGCUCCACCAGCCGAGUGCAGCUGAAGGCGAGGGCGGGGCUUGCGCGGGAGUGACAGCUGGCUGUCCAAUGGGAGCUCAGCCCGCUGGCGGCUCCUUCGACCAAUCACGUCGCCGGCCAGACGCGUGGCCCCGCCCCCUUGGUUCCGGAGGAGUUCGCUUUGGACACCGGGACGUGGCGGAGACCGGAAGUGGGCUCGCGUGGGCGGAGUACAUCGCUCUGACGUGUCACGUGACCCUCAACAGCCAACCCUAAGCCUGGCGGAGGUCACGUGGCUCGCUCCCCAUUCCUCUGAUGACGUGGAACCUGCCGAGCCAGCCCAGCCCAGCCCGGCCGAUGUAUGAAAGGAAAAAACGAUGACGUCACUACACUAGCGUACUUUAUUUCAACACGACUUGAAAAAAACAAAAAUAAAAAAACAUACGGCUUAGUAUUAAGCGGCAAAUUGUACUUUCACAAAAUGAGAAUGCUAAUCCCUUCCAAAUUUUAAAAUAUUCCUUGUACAAAUUAUUUGGUACACAUACUUAAAGAGUAACAAAAGUAUUUAUACACGACAAUACCUUGGCGACUUCUCAUUAAGUGAUCUUGAACGAAAAGGUCUCUACUGUGCCUACAUUUUGCUAUGUAUCUUGUCUUUUUUUUAUGUUUAUAUAUUUUAUUACAUAGCAAUUGCCUGCAUGUGUAUACACGUUUGUAUGUUUAAUCAAACUUUGAAUUAAAAAAAAAAUGGCUUAAAAUUCACUAUGAACAAACGAGCACAUAUUGUUCACGUUUCGAUCCUUUUAAACUGGACCGAAACGUCCUUGGAAAAAUGCAUGUCGUUGAACACUCGAAGAUGAAAUGAAAACAAAUAAUUCUGAAUUGUAGCGUUACGAAAUAAAUACAAGCACUUCCGCCUCACAGGAAUUUGCUGCUUCAACGUUGCUCACCUGGUGAACAAACACACACCCACUUACCUGAAAAAAACAACACCCCCAGCUGUUUGUUCUGCUUUUGCUUAUCAACGCUACAAGCGAGCACGAGAACAACGCAAACACGACGGAAUCUCUCUGGUUUCUGUGAGGUCACUGUCGCUCCCGACUGAGCAGCCCCCUGAAAAACAGCAAAGAUGGAUGACGAGUACCUGGGGGCCAAGAUGCAGGGCUGCGGUAUCAGUGAGGGGGCGUGCCUGACGGAUGAGAAGGAGGAGCCCGCAGAGUCCAAAACAUUGCGGCAAACAGAGAAGACCGUGGACCCCCGAAGAGGUUUCCGGCAACGGGGCCCCCGGGACGACAGGGCGCUCGCCACAGGUAAAUCCUCGUAUGUCUCGUCCUCGGUUCGUGGGCGGGGCUGUCCCAGUCGGGAUAUCCUGAAGGUGGGCGUGUCUCUGACGACCUCAGCCAUCUUCUUCCCCUUCCUGGUGUGGGGGGGCUUUGUGUUCCUGCCCUUUGAUGCCCCCCUGCUGGACGGCGCCCCCCUCAGGAUGCUCUACGUGCUGCGCUGCUCCGUAUUUGCUGCCACGCCUGUCAUCUUGGGCUGGCUGGCGAUGGGCGUGAGACGCGUGAGGUUCGGCAUCGUCCGUCCGCUUUUAGACGACAUGGAGGCGGCGGCUCUGGAGGAUCUCGGCGUUCACGCAAAGUACACGCGGGACUCAGUCAGCCUCUUCCUGAUGUACUUCCUGCAGCUGGUCAUCAUGGCGAUGUACCUGAGCCAGGAGCAGCUGAAGCUCGUGCCUCUGCUCGCCAUCGUCUUUGCCUUGGGACGGUCAGUUUAUUGGGUGGCCGCCGCGUUCGGCAGCAGCGUUCGGGCUUUCGGAUCGGGUUUGUCCUUCCUGCCCGGUCUUGUGAUGGCGGUGGCUAACUUGGUGUUCAUCUUCAACGUGGAGUCGUCGGCGCUAUUCUUCAGCUCACCUCGGCAUCCCCAAACUUUGUCUCCCGUCGGCAAGCAGAGGUUCUGGGGAUGAAAAGCUGCGUUUGACGCAGUUUGCUGUGCCUUUUUUCAAAAUAAAACAUUUGCUUGUGGUCUUACCAUUUUCAUAAUAAAACAAAUCAUUAUUCUCAUUAUGAAGAUUGAAGGAGCGAGUU